AUGAUGAUGAGACGGACCCAAUAUUUCAUCGCCCUUUGCCUAGUGUUGUUGCAGCUCAUUAGCGCCCAAAAAUGUUCCAUUUGUGGUUCGGACAACAUUCGCCCUGGCAACACCAAUACCUUUUACAACAUCCGGUAUUUCGGUACCUAUUCUUGUCCCAACCUUUAUGAUUUGGGACAACAAGGAAAGAUUCCAGGUUACAUCUGCGGAAUCAUUCAAAGCCGCCUUUACAGUGCCUGUCAGUGUGGUCAAGCACCUUCGGGUGGUGGUGGUGGAUCUAGCGGUGGAUCGGCUCCCUUUACCAUUCCACCCGGCCUCAACUUGCCUCCUUCCUUUAGCAACAAUUUGAAUUUGCAGACUCCAAGGCCCACCCCCGCCAGGAGGCCCGCACCACCACCGCCAACCCGAAGACCCACCGCCCCACCCCCAACCCGAAGACCUACCCGUCAGCCCACCAGACAACCCACACGAAGACCCACGGCGCGUCCUACGGCACGUCCCACACCUGGACCCACUCCCUCUCCCACCACUUCCAAACCAACCCCGUCUCCUACUCCCAAGCCCACUCGAGUUCCUACCGAAGCUCCUACCGGACGGUACGACCGAAAGGAACGCACCGCGGGGGGUGCGCUCAAGGAAGACACGUACAAAUUGGCCCGUCAACGUGGUGGCAACCGUCUCAAGGAUUUGCAAUUGAUUUACGGCUUUAACCGUGGUAACAAUCGCCGUCAAUUGGAAAAGGAACCAGAAGAAAUGGAGGUCAUGGCACCAGAAGAAGAAAAAGAAGAGGAACUACAAGCAGCAACUGGUGAAGAACCAACGGAAAGCUAA